GUCAUUCUUUCAUGAUCGUGCAGAUGCUCGUAUCUUUUUCAUACCUCUGGAUCUGAUUGAUGUCUCUGUGCCCUAACCUAGCAGUAUGAACAGGGCCUCCCUCCGGUUUCGCUAGUAUCCUGAGAACAUUGGCAAGCGCUACAAUUCUUUUGACAGUUCUCGAAGCUCAUUUUCUUCAAUCCUCGUUGUCUCAUUGAAUCUAUAAGCUCGCCCCAUCCAGUACACAUCACCAUGAAAGCCGUUUUACAACGAGUCAAGUCUGCCUCGGUCACCGUGGAUGGCCACCUGAUCUCCACGAUCGGUCAAGGAAUACUCGUCCUGGCCGGCGUGGGAAGGGAGGAUACCGAGAAGGAUGCCGACUCAAUGAUCGGACGGAUAUUAAAGGCGAAGCUAUGGCCGGAUGAGAACGACAAGGCUUGGAAGAAGAAUGUCCAGGAUAUAGAAGGGGAGGUACUCUGCGUAUCGCAAUUUACACUCUAUGGCCAUUUGAAAAAAGGCAACAAACCCGACUUCCAUGAAGCCGCCGAUGUGGAGACCGCGCGCAAACUGUAUGACUACUUUUAUCAACGGUUGUGCGAAUCGUACAAGCCCGAACGGGUUAAAAACGGGGUCUUCCAGGCGAUGAUGGAGGUUGAAUUGAAAAAUGAUGGGCCGGUGGGUGUAGAUUACCGCAGUGAGGAUGCGGUGGUCACGAUCGAGAUCAACACCCAACUACCGAAGAAGGAGAAAAAAGAGCAACCAGGACAAGGGGAAGCGAAAGAGCCACAGGCGCAGACCUUUGAGUUCAAAUUACCCGCGGAGUUGAUGGAGUAAAAAACUAGUUGGC